CCUGGCCCUUUUGAUACACGGGGUACAGUUUGUUACUGUCCCCUAGACGGUUCAUCAACGAAACGUUUCACUUGUAGCUUGUCCGUGAUCCUGACGUAGUGACUUCGGACAAGUUGUGAAGUGACUUCAGCGCAAAUGUGGUAGACAUGGACGCUCCAUGUCCAAGCUCAGGCUUUGUAACUCCAAGAAGACAAGACUUGAACAACAGUGUCAGAAAAAUAAAGGAUACUGCUGCAGACUGGCAUAACUCCAUGCUGAAAUGGGAAACACUUAAUGAUGCAGGAUUCUCAGUAGCAAAUAAAAUUGUUAACAUUAUAAUCAACACCAGGAGCGAAAGUGAAGUGGAAGCAUUUGAAGAGGAUGAAUCUAGCUCUAAUCUUGAAAAGACUAAGUUACAAUAUAAUAAAGAGCUGGAUGAAGAUUGUACUGAGUUGCUCAGUAUCUUUGACAAAAUGACUAAACUCGUAUUAAAGAUGGAAAAGCUGUGUGCAGCCAUGAAAGGAAUACUUGACCUUCAUACCCAUCAAUAUGGUGAAGAUGGAAGGGAAAUGCGCCUCUUUCAUACAUGGCCCACGAAAUAUUUUUAUGAAAUCUCCAUUCAGUUAACGGAGAUGUACAAACAAGAACUGCAGCUGAAGCAUAUAAUUGUUCAAGAGAUUGCUCACACUAAUAACAGUGACCUUAUGAAAGUGGAACUAUCUGCAUGGCUAUACCAGCCUUAUAUAGAAGAAAAAGCAAGACUUCUCAUUGAAAGCAUGCUAUUGGAAACUGGGCACAGGACUUUGUAAUAAAAACCAUGAUUGCAAAACAGUAAUCUGUACUGAACAAGUUGCUGCAUUUCUGCCAAACGUUCCAACUUUUAAAAGUGUGUAAUUUUUUUUAAAAAUGGCUUAGCACAGAGUUAGGUAUGUAUAGGAAUUUAACCUGCAAGUGACUGAGCUCAAAUUAGAAGUUUAUAUGAAUAGCUGAAACAGAACUUACAUGAUCAGCAAAAGAGAUUUCACCCAUUAUCAAAUUUUGAACUUUUGAAGUAGGGCAGAAUCCAAUAAGACAAUGAUUUGUGACAAAAGGCAAAGAAAAAAUAUAUUUAUUCUUUUUAGAAACUCUGAAAUACUUAUGCUGAAAAAAUAAUUUUGUCGAAAUUAUUAAACAAUGGUCCUGAAAGAUAUUUAAAGUUAAAUUUUGUCUUGCAUUCUCAAGCAAUGUAAAAACAAAGAAUACUAAAACUGCAAAAAAAAAAUGCUGUUAUGGUGGCAUUUUUUGAACUAUUCCAUAUAUUGCUAAUGGUUAAUGGAGCUUGAUGGUAGACUUGUAAGAUUUUCACCCUAUUAAAUCAGCUUAGCAGCUUUCCAAAAUAUUUAGACCCACGUAGUGAGAAAAUCACAAGUGCUCUGCAUUAAAUUCUACAGCAAAUAUUUAUAACAGUUUAACAAUGGUUCAUAAUACACUGUACAAACCAACCUUUGGCUUGUUACAAAAAUGAUCCUUGACAGAGAGCAGUUCCAUUUUGUAAUAACUCUAAAAAGUUAUGAUUGAUCGCCAAAUCCAUCGUGAAAUUGUCUGAUAACAACAAUCCCUGUCCAAUUGGCUGAAGAAUAUUACUAAUGGUGUUUAAACACCCCAAUUAAGGCAACAAAACUGUCUGUCAAGAUUACAAUGUACUGGUAAGCAGAACAUUACAAAAUAUCUGUAUAUUAAAAUAGAAAAUAAAUUCCAUUUUCUACUAUCUUCAUAUCAAUUUUUAAAUAUUUUCAUUAUUUACAACAGUCAAAUUACAGCAGUUCGAUAAAGGUUUGUUGCACACUAAAGAAACUGGAAACUACCAACAUGCACAACACAGUCUUAAUACAUACUUGACAAACCGCCUGCACAGGUAAUAAAUGAGCUGAUAUGUACAUAGCUUAGUAAUGCAACUUUCCCAUUUCCACAUCCUCUUAAACCAAUGCUGAAGGACGCCAAGUUUCACAGUAAAUGCAUCACUUACAUCAGUUGAAGGAGGGGUGGAAAAAAGGAAUGUGUAAGGGCGCGCUAUUAAAAACCUGCUUUACAACUGCAGUUUUGUGGCCAAGAAAUUACAGAACUGACUUUGAUCUUUUAUCUAACAAAGUUUACAUCUGAGCAAUAACUAAGCACUACAGGCUGCAACUACCCCAUCUCGAAAAAAUCUAAUUGCCUGUUAAAAAUUUUUGGAUAAAGGACUAGAAACUAAAAAUUAUGUAGAGACUUUUCAGCCAAAUUAUUUUGCAAUACGAAGGGUGAUUGCUUCAUGGUAAAGGGAAAUUUAGGAGAAAAAAAAACCAGAACUAUACUUAAAAGGAACUUACCUUUAAAGAAAAAUCUCCAUUCACAAACCUUUGUUUCCUGACCUUGGAUUGAUAAUAAAGCUAGAGAUCCAUGAACCCCAUCAUAAAAUAAAAUGUUUAGAGUCCAAAAAUACAUUGGUGCCAUACUAUUUUUGUAAAAAUUUUACGUGAAACCCAAGCACUUCAGAACUAAAUAUGCAAAGCUUCAACUUCAUUACUGUCUCAA